CGCUUCCUGACUAGACCCGCCGCAGCACAGUCCAGCAGGUUGAGCACACAGCCAGUCAGCAGAUCGACGUCACGGGUUGAGCAGUCGCAACGAUGAUCAUCUGCGGAACCAUAGGAAUUACUCGGUGGAAAUGUUUGGUUAGAAAUGUUCGAGACAAGGUUAUAAAGAAGACUUGGUGAGGUUUCGAUCAAGACGACGUAUACCUACAUAAGUAGACAAAAUGAAGCCAGAGGAGGGUGUUACAGAUAUGCAGUUAGACUUAAAGCAGCCAGAGGACUGGUUUACUGAAUUUGGAAUGCUGGUGCUGGAAGGUCGAGUCCCAUGCAAUAAUGCUCAGGGCCACAGCCGGGGACCGCAUUGCCCAUCAAUGGACGGAUCACCAGUGGAAUGGGUACAUGACAAUUGCAGUACUCACGACAAGCUGUGCAAGAGAGCAGCUCAGUGGAAGCAGCAAAUGAUGCAAAUGUUCCACAACGACCUACCCAUGAUGCUCGAGGUAUUGGUGUAUCCCAACUGCACUCAUGGUGAUGAUCAGGUCUUUGCGACCUCAGCGACCAGCGGUCCUCCGGGAGCCAAGGGCUUCCUGCUGGAACAAUGGACUAUUCAGAUUCUGCCAAAAAGGGAUUUUGGAAAUCCAAUAAGUACGUACAUGCUGAUGCAGGCAGUGAGGUCGUACCUACACUUCUCGCAGUUGAGCGCAUGGUGGAACCUUACGCACGGAACAAGUCCCUGCAAAGUCGGCUACAGACUCUGUGUGCCGGGGGAAGCUGUGUGCAGCGUGUUCGACGGGCCCGCCGACCAGCACGUCUUCCCGUCGCCCAGCAUCUGCAAGACAUCGGCGAUGAAGAUCUCCGUGACCUCGUUGCCGCGCUGCUCCGACAUUCGAUCCCCAGAUGCAUGGAGGUGGUCUGCGCGGAUGGCGGCGUGUGGGGAGGGCAGCGACACCGCUGCAGCUGGUAACACUGGCGCGAGAAGGAAAACUAAGGCAGCUGACAGGAAGGAGAAAGAAUCGCAUGGUGUACCACUGAAGGCAGAUGUGGCCACCUCUCAUCGCUGCCCAACCUUUGAUGCACCAGAACACAGGAGCUCACCUCCUGUCGAUAUUCCUGAUAGGUACAUCGUACUGGAGAAGGAUGCGGCGACGCUGUCGAGCGACUAG